GCGGAGCGGGGCGGCCGGGCGCGCCCUCCCAGCUGAGCUCGGUGCGCCGCCGCGGUGGCCACGCUCUGGCUCCCAGGGCAGCAGUAGCCGAGGCGCCGGCGGAGGGCGCAGCACGCGCGGGCUGAGCGCAGUCUCCGGCCUCCGGUGCCUGCAGGUCUCCGGCGCCAGCAGUUCUCGAGGGCCCGCAGGUGCCACUUCCUAGACGGCGGUGCAAGGGCUGGACCUGCAGCUACGCGAUGGGGCCGCUCCGCCAAACUAAGAAGGAGCAAAGAGUGCAGCAUCAUGAAAAGGAGAUUGCCAGAAGUCGAAUUCCCCGCUUGAUUCUGCGGCCCCAUCUGCCCCAACAACAACACAAAGUGUCCCCAGCCUCUGAGUCUCCCUUCUCUGAGGAAGAGAGCAAAGACUUCAACCCCAGCAGCUCUGGGCACUCAGCAAGAACCAUUAGCAGCAACAGCUUCUGCUCAGAUGACACAGGCUGUCCCAGUAGCCAGUCAGUGUCACCUGUGAAGACACCUUCAGAUGCCGGAAACAGUCCUGUGGGCUUUUGCCCUGGAAGUGAUGAAGACUUUACCAGAAAGAAAUGCACAGUUGGAAUGGUCAGUGAAGGAAAUAUCCAGUCAGCCCGAUAUAAGAAGGAGCCAAGGUCAGGCCUUGUAAAGCCAGGCAGUGAGGCUGAUUUUAGCUCCUCCAGCAGCACGGGCAGCAUUUCCGCUCCAGAGGUCCAUAUGUCUGCUGCAGGAAGCAAGCGACCCUCUUUUCCACGCAAUCGAGGUCCUCAUGGGCGAAGUAAUGGAGCUUCCUCCUACAAGGCUGGUAACAGCCCCCCGUCCCCCCGGACAAAGGAUCUCCUGUCCAUGCCAUGCAGGAAUCAGCUGAGUCCCGUUAACAUCCAUCCCAGUUACACGCCUUCUUCUCCUAGUAGUAGCAACUCUGGUUCUUACAAAGGAAGUGACUGUAGCCCAGUCAUGAGGUCUGCCUCUGAAAGCUGGUUUUUGGCACUUAAGAACAUGGAAGAAUUGCCUCUAAAAGCUGAUUCACAGCGUUCUGCGAUGAGACGAUCUGGAAGGUACAUGUCCUGUGGAGAAAAUCAUGGCGUCAAGCCCCCCAAUCCUGAGCAGUAUCUGACUCCUCUGCAGCAGAAAGAGGUGACAGUGAGACACCUGAAGUCCAAGCUGAAAGAAUCUGAGCGCCGACUGCAUGAGAGGGAAUCUGAAAUCGUGGAGCUAAAGUCUCAGCUGGCCCGAAUGCGAGAAGACUGGAUUGAAGAAGAGUGUCACCGGGUAGAGGCCCAGUUGGCCCUCAAGGAAGCCAGGAAAGAGAUUAAGCAGCUCAAACAGGUCAUUGAAACCAUGAGAAACAGCCUAGCUGACAAAGAUAAAGGCAUUCAGAAAUACUUUGUGGACAUAAACAUUCAAAACAAGAAACUGGAGUCUCUACUUCAGAGCAUGGAAAUGGCACACAGUGGCUCUCUGAGGGAUGAACUGUGUCUAGACUUUCCAUGUGGUUCCCCAGAGAAGAGCUUAACCUUCAGCUCCCCCUUUGGCAAGGUGGUGGACGGACUGUCUCUGGAAGAGCAAAUCACAGAGGAAAGAGCUGAUGGUGAGCUGCUGGUGGGAGAAAGCAUGGCUGAUGGCGCAUACUUGUUCGAUGAGAUGUUGACAGCCAACCCCACAGAUGCUGGCAACCUGGAGCUUCACUCCACUCCUGAGGCCAAAGCCUUUGGUCAGGAAGAGGGCAGUGUGGUGGUGGAGCAAGCCGUGCAGGCUGAUGUGGUGCCCUACAGCCCUGCUGUCUCAGAGUUUAUUCAGCAGAUGCUCAAUUUCCAGGACCCUUGUCCCUCCAACUCAACAUCCCCUGAUGAAUCUGGGAUAGAUUGCAAAGAAGUUUCCCCAGAGUCCAUCGCUGCAUUAGUGGUGGAUUUAACUCCAAGAAAUCCAAAUUCAGCUAUCCUGUUGUCUCCUGUGGAGACGCCGUAUACCAAGGGGGAUGUAGUAGCUCAUGAGAACCGCCUCAUGACAGAGCUGGAUUUUGCAGGUUUCCCAGAAGAAAGGUCGGACAGUAUGAUCCCAUUGGCCCCGGGGGCUGUUGGGAGGCAGUACUGGAGCAGCAGUUUCCUAGUGGAUCUGCUAGCUGUGGCUGCCCCUGCAGUCCCCACGGUUCUGUGGGCAUUCAGUACUCAAAGAGGGGGGACAGAUCCCAUCUACAACAUUGGAGCCUUGCUCCGGGGCUGCUGCUUGUUUGCCCUUCAUUCCCUUCGCCGUACCGCCUUCAACAUCAAAACCUAAAUGGGAGUCGUGGUUUCCUUGUGCCAAUCUGUCCUGUGUGGCCAUUGGGCCAAGUGGAGAAACAGCAGGUUGACCCUGGGCGACCUCUGUCCUGUCAUUUUUGCUCCUCGGUGUUUGAUUUGCACUAUCUUUAGUUGAAACCUGUUCACUGUUUAAAACGGAAGGUAUCUUUAAAGGCAUGGAGGCCUGGUGCAAGUAAAUGUCCCUCCAGUGUGACUAGAAAGCAUGCUCAACCCUGCCGUGUCGUCUCGAGGUACCCAUUCUUAUACUAGUGGUUCAGGAAGAGAAAAUGCAAACUUUGCACUUUCAAGACAGCUUCUGUAAGGCUGGCAUGUUAUCUCCUUGCUUUGCUUUGUGCCGUUUAAAAAAUGUGUAAUUGUUCCAGCAUUCCAAUGGUCUUGUGCAUAGCAGGGGACUGUAACCAAAAAAUAAAAAUGUACUCUUGUGAUUGAUAUGAAGAAGUCUUGAAUAGCUCUUUAGUAUCUAACUUGGAGUUGUUAUGGUCUGAGUGUUUGCAAUUUUUUUUUUUUUUUUUUUUUUUACUAAAUGUAGCUGCAAAGUCACAAAUGACUUAUUCUUAAACCUGUUCAUUAAUGGCAUUGUAAGUUUACAAUGUAUUAACUUAUUUUUUGCUUAUUAUCUAGUGUUUUACUGAAAAUUGUAACUCUAAACUUCAGCAUGAUGAAAAUAAACAUUAGUUUUCCCUCUUA